AUGGGAUCCACUUACAGUGGAUCCCAUCUGACAAAAUCCUUUCAAUCCAGCGUUGGCUGGAUAACACGGAUACAUAUUACCCUCUUGGAUAUCCAGGCACCAUUGAGAGAUAUUGUGAACAUCACCACAGGAGACAUUGUAAAAGUCAAUUCUACAGUUGACUUGACUCCUUACGUACCUGCCAAACAAGAUUUCUUCAUUUAUACAUUGAAAAACUAUUACGAAAAGGGGUUGGAAGGAGUGUAUGGAGAACCAUACAAGGUUUUGGGAAGUACAGUUGCCAUUUAUUAUUCUCAAUUAAUGUACGAUCCAGAAAUUUACAAACUAAACAAGACGAAAUCAUUGGUUGGAUUGGCCAAAGUUAAUCUUUCACUAGAAACGAUUGUAAACUUUCUCUCCAAGAUUGAAUUACUGGGAAGAGGUUACGUUCUGGUAGCUCAGGACAAUUUCAUUGUCAUUGGUGGAUCCAUCGAUACCAUUUCAGGAGAUGGUUUAAAUAGCACAAACAUCUUUGAUGUCAAGUCGAGAAAUGCUGGUUCACUAAUGAAACAAUUCUACGAGUUGAACAAUAGAACAUUUAGUAUUUUGCCAUCUGUGAUGAAAAUUGUGGGAGAAUCUGAUGGUGUUAGCUAUAUCAUUACUCCGUACAAGUAUGUUUUGGAAAAUAUGCAGUGGAACAUUUUCUUUGUUUUGUACGAAUCAGAGGUGACUGAAGCUUUGAUUUUGACAACUUCAAUUUCUAUUGGUGUCACUGUUGGAAUUAUUGUUCUUGGAAUUGUUGGAAGUUUUGUUACUGGACUAGUUGUUUCGAGACCUAUGAAGUUCUUGGAGAAGCAAUUCGAAAGAAUCAAAGUUCUUGAUUUGGGUAGUGUUUCGAAUAACAGUUCCAUGUUUAGAGAAGUGAACUCAAUUUUCAAUAAUUUGAAGAAUACAGUUGAGUGGCUUGCUGAAAUUAAAACUUUCAUUCCUCAAUCAGUAUUUGAACAGAUUCAAAAUGAACACUUAGAACAUGUUGAAAAUCAACAAGAAUUGGAAAAGAAUGCAGAAAUAUCAAGAAAUUCAAUUUCUGCCUCAAACGCCUCCAGAAGUCACUUUUCAAGUAAGAGCACAAUGAAAAAGGGUCAGCACGCCUCCAAUUUAUUCAAGAUGGGUUUAUCCAAGAAGGGUUGUGCAGUUAUUCAUGUCAAAAUUGAUGGACUGUCAUCAAAAUCUCCUGACAGUAUUACAACUAUUUUUGGAGAUAUUGUAAACCUUCUUGGUCCAAUUGUAAAACUAUCUCAAGGAAAUUUAAACGUCUUCUCAUGUGAUGAAUUUCAAUUAUCACUGAAUAGUAACAGUGUAGAUGUAAGACUUCAAGAAAAGGCAUUUGAUGCAGCUUUGAAAAUUGUAAAGGUAAUUGAAAGUUUACAAAAGAAAAUCACAGCCAGGGUUGGUGUUUCUAUUGGAGAUGGUUAUGUUGGAAAUAUUGGAUCUUCAACUGCAAGAUAUUUCAGUAUGGUUGGCUCAGUUUCUGAACAGGCAAAGACCUCUCAAUUGGCCUCUAAAUUCAAUGUUAAAAUCAUUACUGACGAUUGCUCAAUUUCCUCCUCACAGAAAUUAGUGUAUAGACCUCUAGAUAGGAUUCAAAAAGUAACCGAAACUUCAGACGAUUCAAUUUUCACAAUAUAUGAUGUCAUUGCUCAAAAGUUAGAUGAUCAAGAUGACGAAUGGUUGUACUCUUUGGAAAAUUCCAAAAAGAAUAACAAAUUCCAAGAAUACUCAAAGGUAUUUGAUCUUUUCACCACUCAAUAUUGGAAAGCUCAUGAAAAUCUUUCACAAUCUGAUGCUGUUGGAUAUGUUGGUCAUGCAUUCCAAAUAUUGAAACAAUUCUCAGAGCAGGAAUUUAAGAAUCAUGAUGUUUCUUGCGAUAGAAUCAUUUCAUGUCUCAGUUUCAUUCUUGAUAAUCAGCAAUCUUUCAAAUCAUGUGAAUCAAUUUGCAAAUAUUUGACAUCGUAUUCUAAUGUUGCAUCUUUUGAACUUGUCAAUAAAAGAGAUUGA